UUUUGUUCCUACUGCCACCGGUCUUAUAAGCUUGUAACGCUGAACACCACACAUUGCCGUUUGUUUUUACUUUUAAUGUCGGUAAUAUUUUAAUUCAUUGCGAUUCAUAUGUUGAAAUGGAAAUUUUUGGAAGCACAUUUGACGAUUCCGUGUUCGAGAGAGCAAGAGAGAAGCCGACUGCCGUUUCUCAGUUGUCUUACAGUGCCAAGUUCUGUGAAGUAGAGUGGUUCUCUGAGACCAUCGACACAGAGGAUGCAUUGGAGAAGCAGAAGAUCUUAAAAUUUCGAGCUGAUUUUGCGUACAGGCGAAAAAACUUCCAGGAAGCACUAAACGCCUACACUAGCUGCCUCUCCUAUAUCCCCGGUGGCAACCAAACCAUUAGGCGGGAUAUCCUGGAGGGAAUGGCCCGGUGCUGCUGUUACCUUGGGAAGAGAAAACAAGCACUAGAGAUCACUGAGACACUUAAAAACGAAGCCUCCAACACCUGUCACCUCACCUGCCUACUCCACCUGACCGCGAACAUCCAUGAUCACUUCGGAGACCUCAGGGGCCAGAUCGAGAGUUUACAGCAGCUGUGUGGCCUACACCCCUAUCACCAGUGGUACUGGAUGACACUGGCAGAGAGCUGCCUGCGCCUCCUCCAGACUCUGUCAACCCUCCCCUCAACCUCCGCUCCCCCUCGGGGUGGAGAUGACGGUGCAGAGUGGCAAACGGACGCUCAGACCCAGGGGCGGCUGAAAGAUGAGAGGGACCUUGUUUGGCUCAAGGCCUGCGUGUGUUUUGUCCGGUCCAGACUUCUCCUCAGGGCGCUGAAGGGCCAACAGUCCUCCUUUGUGCUCCGGAACAGCGAGAGGGCCAUGCAGAAGGCUGAUGAAGCUCUACAGUACCUGGAGCCCAGAGAGACCACACUGCAGCUCAUCACUGAGGUGAUGUUAGAAGAUUUAGUUGCAGACAGGAUAAGGGAGGACCAGCUGGAUGGAGAGAGCUUGGCGGGUCUCUCUCUAAACAGCUUUCAGGACAGGUGGUGGGACAGAAUACUACUGACUGGGAUUCUGACAUAGUGUGGCCCAAAACCACCUGAAAAGACUGGCUGGGCCUGUGGAUCUAUGGUUUUAUUUGUGUGUGUGUGUGUGUGUGUGUGUGUGUGUGUGUGUGUGUGUGUGUGUGUGUGUGUG